UUUCGGUACAUAUUACGAGACAAUUAUUAUUACAUCAGUAGGUAGAGAAGACAUUCAUCGGAGCUUGUGAACGCAAAAUGGUAGACAAUUACAUAUAAAUACCAGGGGGUUCAGGUCUUUUUGUUACUGUUGGUUGCUACUUACAAAUUUCCUUAAUCCCUUUUGUGGUUGUUUAGGGCCUUUCGUUAGGGUUUCGUCUUUCGAGUUUUGAUCCAACUUCACUUUCUACACUCGAAUAUCUCGAUUCCUUUUUUUUUUUUUUUAAUUUCUGGGGUAUCGUUGAAAUAUUUGAUCUUCUUCCCUCUCUCAAUCGUUACAAGGAAGUUUCAGAACAGAGACAACAGACCAUAUAUGGGGUUCCGCCUCCGCGUAGAACCCUAGGUUUCGUGGUUGCUUAUUUAAUACUUGAAGGUUGAGGGUCGUCGAUCUUCUUUUUGCCCAUUUAAAUCUGCGAAACAUUUCUAGAGUUUGAUUGGAAUGUUAUAGCGUGUAGGCAUCGUCGUAUUCGUUCUUUGUGGGGUUUCGUUUCCAUUUCUGUUUCAGUUUUGCUAUAAAAGAGGGAUUUUUAGAAUUGGCUGGAAGGACAUCUUUUCUUGCUUUGUUUUGUACAAUAACCACACAUUUGCAUCUGGUCGUGGUCGUGGUGGAAAUCCUCUGUUUCUCAAUUUCUCGGUUUCUAUAUUUUUCUGAAAUUUGGAUUUCCCUAAAGUUCUUCGCAUUGGAAUAGCAGAAUUCAUCUAGGUCAUGGUUAGAAUUUUGAACUUUUCGCUCAAUUAAUACUAAGUAAUUGGCAGUUAGUUUUGUUUUCUCAUGGACGACGGAGAGCUUGAUUUCUCCAACCAAGAAGUGUUCUCAAGCGCCAACUUGGGCGAUCAACUCCCUAGCAGUUGCUCCAUGGAUGAAUUCUUCGAUGAGCUCCUCAAGGACGCCCAGGCAUGCACCCAUACCCACACUUGCAAUCCACCUGGUCCAGAUUCCACCCACACACACACUUGUUUCCAUGUCCACACCAAAAUCCUGCCUGCCCCCUCCGAAGAUAAGGCAGCUACCGAUGACACAGAAGAAUCUGUGGAAAAGAAGGCUAAGAAACGGCCGUUGGGUAAUAGAGAAGCUGUUCGUAAGUACCGUGAGAAGAAGAAGGCCCGAGCUGCCUCAUUAGAGGACGAAGUUGUUAAGUUGAGGGCUCUGAACCAGCAGUUGUUGAAGAGGCUGCAGGGUCAAGCUGCAUUGGAGGCUGAAAUAGCUAGGCUCAAAUGUUUACUUGUGGACAUCAGAGGGAGAAUUGAAGGGGAGAUUGGAUCUUUUCCAUAUCAGAAAUUACCAAAGAAUGGAAAUGGGAUUCAAAACCUUGUCCAUGCAAACUUACCCGGCGCAUAUGUCAUGAAUCCAUGCGAUUUGCGUUGUGAUGAUCAAGUUUAUUGCCUUCAUCCAGGGGUCGAGGGCAAAGGGGAAGAAAGUGCAGGAUUGACUAGCCAAGGGUUUAAUGCUUGUGAAAUUGGGAACCUUCAUUGCCUGGGGAAUUCUAAUUCGGGAUUGAAGGAGCUUCCAAGUUGCGGAAAUGGGAAUAUGGGACAAGUAGUCAAUUCUUCGAGUUCUAAUAGGAGAAAAGGAGGUGCUCAUGCAGCAACAUGAGGUUGGGGAGCUAACUUGAUGGAAUCUGCUUACAUAUACCAAUAAGCAAUCUAGUAUAAUCUUCACUUAUUCCUGCCUUUGAACUCUUCUUAUUCAUUUAUUUCCUUUUUGUGUUUCUAUUUUCCUGGGUUCAUGGUGCAGUGAACUUAAUUUUGUCUUGAUCUCCUCACCAUUGACCAAACUAUUGGCCCCAUCCACCUUCCAAAUUGGUUUAAUUUCCUGGCCUAGUUUAAGCUUUUCUACCCAGAUGCCAUGUAAAGAAGCAAGUUUGAAUGGAUUUCUAAUGCAAUUCCGUUACUUAGUGAGAGGCUAACGAAGGGAGAAACUUUCAGUUGUACUUGCAUAUAAGGAUCAGCUGCCUUUAAAUCUGAACUUCAUAAUUUUCUGAGUAAACACCUUCCGUUGGCAUUGAACUUGCUGCUAAUCUCCGAGAUUCUAAUGAGUUCCUGCCUUCUUUCUUAGAUGUGUAAAUCCUGGAUGGAUGUAUUUACAAGUAGAAUGGAAGUUGUUAAAGCUUUCCUAUUUCAGUUGCAUCUUUGAGUUUGUGAACAGGUGAGCGAUGUGUGUGUGUGUUUUAUUGUAAGAAAAUGAUGGUUUCUUAUAUUUUCA